AUGAACAUCUUUGUUGGAUUUGUCAUUGUCACCUUUCAAGAACAAGGGGAGCAGGAGUAUAAGAACUGCGAACUAGACAAAAAUCAGAGGCAGUGUGUACAAUAUGCCCUGAAAGCCCGUCCCUUGCGGCGGUAUAUCCCAAAAAAUCCACAUCAAUAUAAAAUCUGGUAUGUGGUGACCUCCUCAUAUUUCGAGUACUUGAUGUUUUUUCUUAUUACACUGAACACCAUCAGUCUUGGUAUGCAGCACUAUGGGCAGACGGCAGAGUUCAGUUAUGUGUCUGACAUCCUCAAUGUGGCUUUUACUGGGAUCUUCACAGUAGAAAUGUUGCUCAAGCUGGCAGCAUUCAAAGCAAAGGGCUACUUUGGAGACCCCUGGAAUGUUUUUGAUUUCCUGAUUGUUAUAGGAAGCAUAAUCGAUGUCAUUCUUAGUGAGAUUGAUGUGAGUAAUGGUAAUCAUUUAAUUAAACUACAACAACAACAGCAGAAUAUACAGUAUAUGGGCAUUCUACUAAAGGCUCACUAG